CUUUUGUUUAUAGACCCAUAUUUCAUAAACCUAGUUAUUCAAUGUCUUGGUUUCACAGGGGACAUCCCUAAAUGUGGGAGGGUCUCAUCAUCUGCGGAACUUCAACCACAUGUUGCUGACGAGACAGAGAAGAGUUUCUCUAGAUCAGAACACUUGAAGAAACACCAGCAGAGACGUAUAGGGAAGAAACCUCACUGCUGCUCUAACUGUGGGAAGAGUUUCACUAGCCGGAGUUGCUUCAUUAUUCACCAGCGGAUUCACAACGGCGAGAGACCAUACUGCUGCUCUCAGUGUGGGAAGAGGCACAUCUCUGCAGGGCGUCUUAAAGAACACCAAAGAACCCAUACAGGAGAAAAACCUUACUGCUGCUCACAGUGUGGGAAGAGUUUUGCUCUAUCUAGCACCUUAAAAUCUCAUCUGAGAAUCCAUACAGGAGAGAAACCGUACUGCUGCUCUCAGUGUGGGAAGAGUUUUACUGUAUCUACCGCCUUAAAAUCUCAUCUAAGAAUCCAUACAGGAGAGAAACCGUACUGCUGCUGUCAGUGUGGGAAGAGUUUUACUGUAUCUGGGGCCUUAAAAUAUCACCUGAGAAUUCAUACAGGCGAGAGGCCUUACCCCUGCCUUCGUUGUGGGAAAAGCUUUGUUAGUGCUGGAAACCUAACCAUACACAAGCAGAUACACACUGGAGAGAAGCCUUAUAGCUGUGAUCAGUGUGGAAAGAGCUUUGCUCUAGCUUCCGUGCUGACUUCACACCGGCGCAUACACACUGGAAAGAAACCUUUUAGCUGUGAACAGUGUGAAAAGAGCUUUACCGUAACUUCCUCCCUGACUAGACACCAGCGAACACACACUGGAGAGAAACCUUAUGUCUGUCUAUGUGGAAAGAGCUUUGCUCAGUUAGGGACAAUGAAAAGUCACCAGAAAACAAAAACGUGCCGUAUUUCAUCUCCCUCCUAUACGGCACCGGUUCCAGAUCCCUAAAUAAAAAACCUCUAGUGAACAGUCAUAUCCAUCUCCCAUUCUUAAACAGUUGACUUAGUCUGAUCACCAUGGUAACCUCUGUGGAGCCUAAAUGCAGCUGUGAUCUAGGAGCAGGUCUCCCCUGUGUCUAUGUAAUAUCACACAUUGUGAUUUAAAUGGAUAAAUGUUAUGAUAGAAGAUGUUAUUGUGAACCUGUGUGUGUAUGUGCUCAUAAAACUAAUCAAUGAUACAUUGAGUAAUAAUAUCCAUGAUGUUAAUGGCAAGAACUGUUCAUACUCUGUCUUGUAACAAUUGUUAAUGUAAUAAUUAUUAGAUUUGAAAUGGAACGUAAAUCACAGAAAAUAGAUUUGGGUAUAUGAGAUUUGACUUCAGAAGAGUUACAGUGUGUUUUGAGUGGGGUGUCCUGUCCUCCCAGGCCAUUUGGAUGGUGGAGGAGCAGAUUGGGUCAAAGUAGUGGAAUGGGGUAGUGGGUUUUUAAUGAGUGUAGGUGGCAGCUGCUGAGAAGUACCUGGGUGUACAAUAUUUUACUGCAGAAGAGUUAUAAGAUGUUUUGAGAUUUAAAAAAAUUAUAUAUAUAUAUAUAUA